CGGCGGAGGGAUGAGAAGGGAGAAUGGCGGCGGGAGGAAGAAGAGGAAGAGCGGCCGCAAUUCGGGAAAGCCGAGAUACUCCCGGCCUCUCCGCCAGUAAUCCUCUGUAUGAGACAUAUUACAAGCAGGUGGAUCCAGCCUGCACUGGUAGAGUUGGGUCCAGUGAUGCUGCUCUGUUUCUCAAAAAGUCUGGGCUUACCGAUGCUAUAUUGGGGAAAAUAUGGGAUUUAGCAGAUCCAGAGGGCAAAGGAUUUCUGGAUAAACAGGGAUUCUUCAUUGCGAUGAGGCUAAUUGCCUGUGCCCAGAGCGGUCACGAUGUCAUUCUCAGCAACUUAAAUUUGACGUUACCUCCUCCGAAAUUUCACGACAAUACAAGCCCCCUGCUGCUUGCUUCCACAGAGGCCCAUUGGGCUGUCAGAGUAGAAGAAAGGGCCAAGUUUGAUGGCAUUUUUGAAAGCCUUUUACCAGUCAAUGGUUUACUUUCAGGAGAUAAAGUGAAGCCAGUAUUGAUGAACUCCAAACUACCUCUUGACGUCUUGGGAAGGGUGUGGGACCUCAGUGAUAUUGAUAAAGAUGGGCACCUUGACAGAGAUGAAUUUGCCGUGGCGAUGCACCUGGUCUACCGUGCCCUUGAGAAGGAACCCGUCCCCUCUCUGUUGCCCCCAUCUCUCGUUCCACCUUCCAAGCGGAAGAAAGUGCCAAUCUUUCCUGGGGCAGUGCCAGUUCUUCCAGCCAGUCCUCCUCCCAAAGACAGUUUGCGGUCCACUCCGUCACACGGCAGCGUCAACAGCCUCAACAGCACAGGAAGCUUAUCCCCCAAACACAGCCUGAAGCAAACACAGCCGUCUGCAAACUGGGUGGUGCCAUUGACUGACAAGAUUCGCUAUGAUGAAAUAUUUCUGAAGACAGAUUUGGACCUGGAUGGCUUUGUGAGCGGCCAGGAAGUGAAGGAUAUUUUCAUGCACUCGGGACUUUCCCAGAACCUCCUAGCACACAUAUGGGCAUUGGCGGAUAUACGGCAGAUGGGAAAGCUCAACAAAGAUCAGUUUGCACUCGCCAUGUACCUCAUUCAGCAGAAGGUCAGCAAAGGCAUUGACCCACCACAGGUGCUGCUCCCAGAUAUGAUCCCUCCUUCGGAGAGGACCACUCCUGUCCAGGACAGCUCAAGUUCUGUUGGAUCAGGGGAAUUCACUGGCGUGAAAGAACUGGAUGAUAUCAGCCAAGAGAUUGCACAGCUACAGAGAGAGAAAUAUUCUCUGGAGCAAGACAUCCGGGAAAGAGAAGGAGCUAUCCGGCAGAAAACCAAUGAAGUUCAGGAACUGCAAAACGAUUUAGACCGGGAAACCAGUAGCUUGCAAGAACUGGAGGCUCAAAAGCAGGAUGCUCAAGAUCGACUGGAUGAGAUGGAUCAACAAAAGGCAAAGCUGAAAGAUAUGUUAAAUGACGUAAGGCAAAAAUGCCAGGAGGAGUCACAAGUGAUCACAUCAUUAAAAAUGCAGAUUCAGUCCCAGGAAUCAGAUCUAAAGUCCCAAGAAGAUGACAUCAGUAGAGCAAAAACCGAGUUGAAUCGGCUUCAGCAGGAAGAGACCCAGUUGGAGCAGAGCAUCCAGGCUGGGAAAGUACAACUGGAAACAAUAAUCAAAUCUUUAAAAUCCACUCAGGAAGAAAUUAACCAGGCAAGGAGUAAGUUAUCUCGGCUUCAAGAGACCCUUCAGGAAGCCAAUCAGAGCAUUGAACAGUACAAUGAAGCUUUAAACGGACUUCACAGUGGCAGCAUGACUAACCUGGCAGAUCUGAAUGAGGGAAACAUCCAAAAAGACCGGGGCGGGUUUGGGACUUUGGAUGAUCCAUUCAAGAACAAAGCUCUACUUUUCAGCAAUAAUGUUCAGGAGUUGCAGACGGACCCUUUUCAAACUGCAGAUCCCUUCAAAGGAGCAGAUCCCUUCAAAGGCAGCGAUCCUUUUCAGAAUGACCCUUUCGCUGAACAGCCUCCUGCAGCCGCUGAUCCAUUUGGAGGUGAUCCAUUUAAAGAAAGUGACCCAUUCCGGACAUCUGUGCCUGAGGAUUUCUUUAAAAAGGCUGAAAAAAGUGACCCGUUCAUUUCAGACCCUUUCUUGCAAAAUUCCACACUGCCCUCUAAACCAAACCUCUUUGAGAACAGUGACCCUUUCCUAACUCUGAGCAUGUCUUCUUCGAAAGGGCCAGAUCCUUUUGGGACAUUAGACGCCUUCGGUAGCAGCACGUUCAGUACCCAAAGUAGUGAAGGAUUUGCAGAUUUCAGUCGAAUGUCAAAGCCUCCGGCUUCUGAUCCAUUCUCCUCUUUUGGAGGAGCUGGAUUCUCUGAUGAUCCUUUUAAGACUAAAGCAGACACUCCUGCCCUCCCGCCGAAGAAAAAUAUGCCUCCCAGGCCUGAGCCACCCAGUGGUAAAAGUCCUGUAAGCCAAGUCGGGUCUUCCGAUUUUGCCAAGCCCCCCGAUCCAUUUCAGCCAUUCGGGGCUGACAACAGUGACCCGUUUCAGAGUAAAAAGGGGUUUGGGGACCUAUUUAGUGGAAGAGUCCCGUUUGCUCCUUCCUCUGCAAGUAAACCUCCUAAAGACUCUUCCCGGGGGUUUGCUGACUUCAGCUCUCUUGGCAAUGAGGAGCAGCAGUUGGCGUGGGCCAAACGGGAGAGUGAGAAGGCAGAGCAGGAAAGGCUGGCGCGAUUGCGAAGACAAGAGCAGGAAGACCUGGAGUUGGCCAUUGCACUCAGUAAGGCCGACAUGCCGACUUCUUAAAAGCAAGGGUGGCCAUCAAGCAGACCUAUUUCCUGGUACCUGUUCUAGAUCCCUGAUGCCCUUGGGCCAUUUUCCUUUCCUCCCCUCCCCCCCCCACCCCUCCCGUUUUUAUUUCAUGACUUCCAGCUACCUGCGGGGCUGACUGUCGAGGAGCAAACUGCACUUGAUGGGCUUGGCUUCACGGCGGCAGUCUUUUUGUUUCGUUUUGUUUUUAAAUUAAGUUAGACUUUCUAGGCUGAAAAUGUUGCUUGCAAGAGAACUUGCAUCGGCCCCAUCCCACUGACUGCCAGAUUUUGCUGCGCUGCGGAAAACAGUAGCAAUUAACGGAGCUGCCUCUUGAAACUUCAUCUUUUUUUUUGCCGAGGGGCAGCGCAGUCACCGAAGUUGCCACUCACCUCUGGGUUCAAGGAGAAGUGUGACCUUCAUAAAGAGAUUGAUGGUUUUUAUUCUGUAAUUAAGUCUCUUUUAAUUUUCUUCUGUUGGUCAGUGGCCUGAAAUACAACUCGUCAUCAGAGUUC